AUGUCGCUGGACAUCGAGUGGUCGAAACUGGAUCAGGAGUUAGCCGUUCACGUACAGCACUUCCUCAACCGGCAUUUCAAAAGCAUAGCCAAGCCUGCCUUUAUAGGAGACAUUGAAGUGACCGCUUUUGAAUGGGGAACAGAAUCUCCACGCAUAGAAAUCACAAACAUUACAGACCCAUUUCCCGAGUUUUACGAAGAAGAACAUGACGACAAUAACGCUGACGACGUUGAUAAUACCGGUAAUACUGGAAGCAGUGACAAUAAUUUAAAUGACUCUUCCCAUUUGAGCACCGCCAGAAGCACGAUUAGCAACCCUACCACUACUACUACCUCUACUGCUGCAACGACAGCAGCUAAUAACUCGCCAACCACAUCACAAGGCAAUCCACAGCAUCCUCGACUGUCUACCGAAAUGGAUUUUCAGACAUCCAUGCUGAUAUCGUACAAGGGCGAUAUGAGCAUGACGCUAAUGACGGAACUACGCAUGAAUUAUCCCAGCAUGAUGUUUAUGAGCUUGCCCAUUCAAUUACGAAUACGAAGCAUAGAGUUUGAAUCCACUGCUAUUGUGGCCUAUAUCAAAAGCAUGGAUCGAGUAUGCGUGUCCAUGUUGGAACCGGAACAAUCGGAGGAACACGUUUUACGUGGGCGAGAAGUCAGUCUUGAGAGCCUUUUACGAGAAGUACAAAUUGAAUCUAUCGUUGGUGACAGCCAGAAGCAAGUCCUCAAGAAUGUUGGAAAGGUCGAAAGAUUCAUUGUGGAUCAAUUACGAAAGAUGCUCGACGAUGAGCUUGUCUUUCCCAGUUAUCAAUGUAUCCAACUAGACUAA